AUGUCGUUGGCAAAGAAGACCAAAGAGCAACUCAAGGAGCUGUGCGAGGACGCCGGCAUCUUCGUCACUGGAAAGGAGCUCAAGAAGGAGCUUGUGGAUCAACUUUUGGCCAAGGGCCUUGGAUCCCCUGUCAAGAAGUCAAAGCCUGUUGAUGAACCGGCUGAGAAGGUUACCGAGCCGGAUGUCGAGGCUGAAACCGAGGAGGAAACCGACUCUGAGGACUCCACCGGAGCCACUGUUUUGAAGAAGGCAAAGACGUUUGUGGUGUCGAAAUACGCGGGUAUCACCCAAUCUGCCGGGUCCAAAGCUAAGGCCGUUGUCUCUGCUGUUGGUGACAAGAACUCCGCUAUCAAGUCUGCUCUCAGCUGCCCGUGUGCGUUUGUUGGUAUCCAGGUUGCUACUGAAGCCACAUACAUCUUCAGCAACUACUACAGUGUGGCCCCAGUUGGAAAGUUCUUGCCAAAGCUUGUCGCCGACAACUUGCCAAAGCAGGUGCUCCAGACGCCUGUCGUGGAUUUUUCGUUUGUGACUUCGUUGUCGUUCUUGGCCUUUUUUGUGGUCUGGUUUGCAGCUGCCUUUGGAGUUCCAUUCCUCACCGGAUACUACAUCAACUUCACCUCAAGACCUGCUGAUCCUGUUGUGAUCACAGCUACCAGGGCUGUUGUGGCUUACGCAUUGCUUGCUGCUCCAGCUGAUGCAAUCUCCUCCUUCAAAUCUGAGGUGUUUGUGUUCCUCGGACUGAACGAUGUGGUUGAGCUUGCCCAGCACUUCGUCUUGACUGGAGUUUUUGAGUAUAAGUUGAUUCUGGGUAAGAUCUCAUUGAUUUCGUCAUUGUUCUGGGCCUUCGUUGGACUUUAUGGUUCUUUGAAAGCUUAG